UUUUUUUCAUUUUAUUCGUAAAGACGCCUGAGGUAACUUUGCUUAUUGAAGUAAGAUAUAUGUGAAAAUGUUUCGAUUAUUCACGUCGGUAACAUUAUUUAUUUUGAGUGUAAAUGGAGAUUUUUUAGCUCAAGAAAGAAGUAGAGGAGCAACUCUUAAACCGAUCUCAGCGUGCUGUGAUAUUCCCGAGUUAGGAGAGCCAAAACAUUUGGCUGAAUGCUCUAAUCCCAAGUUGCAGGGACCGUGCGGCGAUGUUCAGUGCGUAUUUGAAAAGUCUGGUUUUCUUAUUGACAAGAAUACUUUAAACAAAGAGACAUAUAGGGCACACCUCAGAAAGUGGCUGGAGGGGCACAAGGGCUGGGAGGACGCUAUAGAUAAAGCAAUCAAAGACUGUGUCGAUAAAGACCUCAGGCAGUAUCUAGAUUACCCUUGUAGAGCCUACGACGUGUUUACCUGCACAGGGAUUGCUAUGCUUAAGAAAUGUCCAAAUGAAUCAUGGAAUUGUUGAACGGAAGAGCAUCUCCAAAUUUCUCGACUCAUUUAUAUUUUUUUUUACAAACAAAUAAAUUAUUUUAAAUAUU